AUGAAUCAUCAACAAGGAUAUUCCUUGCUUUCAAUUUUAUGUGGAGUAACAAUCAGUCUAUCUCUGAUAAUGCUCCUAACUCCGAAUGGUGGUGGGUUGCAAGCUCAAAAUUUAGGAUGUACUUCUUAUAACUUUAAGUGUUGUAGAAAUAUUCAUUAUCCAGUGAUGGCCAUAGUUGCCAAUACUUUUGAUCAAUCAACUUGUAAAACGAUUGAUAUCAUGUUGAGAGGACAGUUGGCAAAUGCUACAGUAGCAUGUAAACAAGCCUAUGUUGAGACAUAUUGUCUUUCUGCUAUUCCUCAAUGUUGUCCAAAUCAACCAGUAAGUUGA